AUGGCUGAGGAGCCGGAGUCAACGCUGCAGCUUUCUCCCUCGACUGCGGCUGAUGGCGAAGGACCUACGGAGGUUUCCCCAGAAACGGCCACUCCGGAGCCCCCCUCUUCCGCUGCAGUCUCGCCGGGAACAGAGGAGCCUGCCGGCGACACCAAAAAAAAAAUUGACAUCCUGCUAAAGGCUGUGGGAGACACCCCUAUAAUGAAAACAAAGAAGUGGGCUGUAGAGCGAACCCGAACCAUCCAAGGACUCAUUGACUUCAUCAAAAAGUUCCUAAAACUUGUGGCCUCAGAACAGUUGUUUAUUUAUGUGAAUCAGUCCUUUGCCCCCUCCCCAGACCAGGAAGUUGGAACCCUCUAUGAGUGUUUUGGCAGUGAUGGUAAACUGGUCCUGCAUUACUGCAAAUCUCAAGCAUGGGGAUGAACUACAGAGAAAAAGAUCCCGCUAACUUAAAAUGAAUCGUCUGGCUCUGGAAAGUGUUGAUAUUUGUGGCAAGAGACUUGUGGAUUUGAUGAACUCAGCAUGUAUCUACUAUGAGCUAUGUUUAUGUAUAAAAAAAUUCAUAGAGUAGAUGGACUCACAAAAAUGUGAUUUGUAUUAAUACAAAUCAUCAUAACUGAUCAACAUUAGAGUAUACCCAUUACUACAACCGUUGCUCCAGAUCUGCCUCCAGGGUAUUGAAAAGGAGAAUAAGACUGUAUAAAGCUUCCUUAUUAUCAGUUCUCAAAAUGAAAUUGUUUACUUAUAGAGUUAGCACUCUGCUGAUUUUUUCCUACUGUAAAAGUCAGUUUACUAAAAGAUUCUUUUUGUGUUUGUCCAGGGAACUUCAAUUUGUUUGAGGUAUGGGAUAUGCCUUUUCUCAUUUGCAUUUAUAUCUACAGUGUUACCUUGGGAAACAUAGCUGCAUUGACCUGCUGGCUUUACACCUUACGUAGUCCAGUAGAGGGCAGCGCAGCUGGCAGAAAGAGGCAGUCUGGUUUUACAUCUUUGCCAGAUGAUAAUGGAGGAAAAAAGCUGUUCCUGCUAAUUUCUAGGAAACGUCUAGCCAAGAGAGCACACAUGUUGACACACUGGAAGACUGCUUUAGAGAAAAAUGCAUGGUUUAGUUAUUUUAUUGGGAAACAGAAGGAAUUUUACAAAUUCUAGACAAGUGAUUCAUACAGCUCUUUGCAGUCCUAUCAUAUAAUGAUUCUUGAGCCCCAAUGGUUAUAACUAUGGUGUUAUUCUGUCUCUUAUUUUUAGUGUCAAAAGCACUCGAUGAGUAAACCUGGCAACAUCUUUGAGUUUUUUAUAAUGCAUUUUCCAACUUGAAAAUGCUAAAAGAAUAAUUGAAAAAUAGCCUUAGAUUUUGUGUGUAUUUCACUAAAAGUACCAUUUUUACUAAUACUGUUAGACUGGUAAUUGCCUGAAGUGACAUUUAACUUUGUUUCUUUAUUCUAUAUUAUAUUUGUAAUGCAGCAUUAAACAAAAAAAAAUCCAGUAAAUUGAAUGGAAUAUCCAAACAGGAUCUGAGAUGUGUAUGAGAAUUCUAAGUGUUUAUCUUCAAAGGUAGUGAGAUGGUAUGAUUUUGUCAAAGGACUCUGAACUACACUUAUGUCCCUUAAACCCCAGAAUGUACUUUAUGGUUAAUGAUCUGCCAUACAUUAGCUUCAGGGGGUGCUAAGGAACAAUUUGGUUUACAGUGAUGAAAUCACUGUUCAGUUCUCAUUUUCUGCUCAAGAAUGAACUCUUAAGUCCCCUUGUACCAAUGUCCCUGUUUAUUAAAUUAAUACAGCUAGUAGUUAGCACUGGAAUAAUACAGGUUGAAUUGUCAAAUUUAUCUUGUAAGACUAGGUAAGAAAUUAGUAUAUAUGUUGAAAGCUGGAAAGUAUUAUUUUUGAGUCAAAUAAGUUGGAUUUGGAAAAGAUCUGUUUUUUAGCUUUGUCUACUUACAGUUUACUGAAGGAUAUGAAUAUAUGCAUAUAUAUUUAACAAAUAGCAGAAAUGUGUUUAAUUUAUAUAUUGUGUUUGCCACUAAGAUUUCAGAUGAUAAAAUAUUUACUACCUCAA